AUGGCUCCUUCACGAUCACGGCCCAGCGCUGUUGACACCGACACCUCCAUGUCGGAUGCCGCAGAGCCUGUUAUACACGCCGACGAAAUGGAGGUUGAUGAGACACCCGACUACACUGACUCCGACACCAAUCCCAACACGACAGCAAGUAGUGUUGCUGGGGACCACAUGUUGGACGGCCGCAAGAAGCGAUCAGAGGCAAACCAGCUACGCAGAAGCAUCUUCGGCAAGAAACACGACGCAUUGGGCGAGUCAAAGGAAGACGAUAGCAUUCGCAGGUUCCGUUACCUCCUGGGAUUGACGGAUCUUUUUCGACACUUCAUCGAGACGAAUCCCAACCCAAAGAUCCGCGAGAUCAUGGUCGAGAUCGAUCGCCAGAAUGAGGAAGCCAGCAAGGCCGGAAAAAAGGGCUCCCGCCAAGGUGGCGCAGGCAGUAGCCGCGGACGCCGUACGGAAGCUGAAGAAGACGCUGAAUUAUUGAAGGAUGAAAGAGUCGGAGGCUCGGCGGAAACCGUGUUCCGCGAAUCACCCCCAUUCAUUCAGGGCACCAUGAGAGACUAUCAAGUUGCUGGCCUCAACUGGAUGAUAUCCUUACACGAGAACGGUAUUUCGGGUAUUCUUGCGGACGAGAUGGGCUUGGGCAAGACUCUACAAACCAUUUCAUUCUUGGGUUACUUGCGACAUAUUAUGGAUAUCAAGGGUCCCCAUCUGAUUACGGUGCCGAAGUCCACCCUCGACAAUUGGAAGCGCGAGUUUGAGAGAUGGACGCCCGAGGUCAACGUUCUCGUUCUGCAAGGCGCCAAGGAGGAGCGACACAAUCUGAUCAAUGAACGCCUCAUCGACGAGAAGUUCGACGUUUGCAUCACCAGCUACGAAAUGAUCCUUCGAGAGAAGUCCCAUCUGAAGAAGUUUGCUUGGGAAUACAUCAUCAUUGAUGAGGCACAUCGGAUCAAGAACGAGGAAUCUUCCUUGUCGCAAGUUAUUCGUAUGUUCAACUCACGAAACCGACUUCUCAUCACAGGAACGCCUCUGCAGAACAACCUUCACGAGCUCUGGGCGCUUCUCAACUUCCUGCUUCCUGACGUCUUCGGUGAGUCGGAAGCCUUUGACCAAUGGUUCUCGGGCCAAGACCAGGAUCAGGACACAGUGGUCCAGCAACUUCACCGUGUGCUUCGACCGUUCUUGCUGCGACGUGUCAAGGCCGAUGUGGAGAAGAGCUUACUUCCGAAAAAGGAGAUCAACCUUUACAUCGGCAUGGCGGAGAUGCAGGUGAAGUGGUACCAGAAGAUUCUUGAGAAGGAUAUCGACGCUGUAAAUGGUGCUGGCGGCAAGCGGGAAUCCAAGACUCGACUGCUCAACAUCGUGAUGCAGCUUCGCAAGUGCUGCAACCACCCAUAUCUCUUCGAAGGGGCCGAACCUGGACCACCGUACACAACUGACGAACACUUGGUCUACAAUUCGGGGAAGAUGGCACUUCUGGAUAAGCUCUUGGGCAGGAUGAAGAAACAGGGCAGCCGAGUUCUUAUUUUCUCGCAGAUGAGUCGUUUGCUUGAUAUUCUGGAAGACUACUGCGUUUUCCGAGAGUACAAGUACUGCCGCAUCGAUGGUGGCACAGCACAUGAGGAUCGUAUUGCUGCCAUCGAUGAAUACAACAAACCUGGUUCUGAGAAGUUCAUUUUCCUUCUGACCACGAGAGCCGGUGGCCUAGGCAUCAACUUAACUUCCGCCGACAUCGUCGUGCUUUACGACAGCGACUGGAAUCCUCAGGCCGAUCUUCAGGCUAUGGAUCGAGCUCACCGUAUUGGUCAGACCAAACAGGUUGUCGUAUACAGAUUCGUGACCGAACACGCCAUUGAGGAAAAGGUUCUCGAGCGGGCUGCACAAAAACUCCGUCUUGACCAGCUUGUCAUCCAGCAAGGCCGUGCUCACCCCGGUGCCAAGGGACCUGCAGCCAAGGACGAGCUCCUGAGUAUGAUCCAGCAUGGUGCUGAAGCCGUGUUUCAGACUAAAGGCGCCACUGGAUUGGCUGCAAAGGGGACUGAUCUAAACGACGAUGACAUUGAAGCCAUCCUAGCAAAGGGCGAAAAUCGAACCAAGGAGCUCAACAGUAGAUACGAGAAGCUUGGACUUGACGAUCUACAGAAAUUCACCUCGGAAUCUGCGUACGAGUGGAACGGCGAGACCUUCGGAGGUAAAAAGAAGGAGGAUGGCCCCUUACUUUGGAUCGAGCCCGCCAAACGCGAGCGAAAAGAACAGUCAUAUUCCGUCGAUAAGUUCUACAGACAAGCAAUUUACGGCACCAGCACCAAGGCCGAAGCCAAGCCCAAGGCUCCCAAGGCCCCACGACAAACCCCGUGUCAUGACUAUCAAUUCUAUCCUGCCAGACUUCGUGAGCUACAGGAACGGGAGACGGCAUGGUAUCGCAAAGAGAUCGGAUACAAGAUUCCGUUGCCAGAUGGUGAUGAUGAGAAUUUGUCGGAGCGGGAGGCAGAGCGUGCGCUCGAUCAGCAAGAGAUCGAUGACGCCGUGGCACUAACUGAAGAAGAGCAGGAAGAGAAGAUGGUCCUGUCGGGCCAGGGCUUCGGUGACUGGAACAGGCGUGAUUUCCAGCAGUUCAUCAAUGGAUCUGCGAAAUACGGCAAGAACAACUUCGAGCGAAUUGCGGACGAAGUCGACAGCAAAACGGCAGCCGAGGUCAAGGCUUACGCCAAGGUAUUCUGGCAACGAUAUACAGAGAUUGCCGAUUACACCAAGUAUCUAGCCGUCAUUGACGCUGGCGAGGAGCGUAGAAGCAAGACGGAACACCAGCGCAAGAUGCUCCGCAAGAAGAUGGGGCAGUACCGAGUGCCUCUGCAGCAGAUGAAGAUCAACUAUUCGGUAUCCACGACCAACAAGAAGGUUUAUACGGAAGAGGAGGAUCGCUUCUUACUUGUGUUGCUCGACAAGUAUGGCGUCGAUACGGAGGGUAUCCAUGAGCGCAUUCGCGAUGAGAUUCGCGACAGCCCCUUGUUCCGGUUUGACUGGUUCUUCCUCAGCCGUACACCGAUUGAGAUCAGCCGUCGCUGCACCACGCUUCUCACGACCAUUGUGAAGGAAUUCGAGGACGUUCACCCGACGAAGAAUGGUGUCAACGGCAAGGGCAAGCGCGAGCCCGACGACGAAGAGAACGAUGAGGAUAGCAUCCUUGGCAUGGCUCCAGCAAAGAAGAAGACGAAGAACGGUGUCAAGAACAAGGCGCUUGAUAACGUUAAGGGCAGCAAGGCAAACUCCGCUAACACUUCUUCACGGGCAUCUAGUGUUGCAUCAACGACGUCUGCCUCGGUGUCCAAGGCGGCUAAGGGCAAGGGGAAGAAGAAGUGA